AUGUCCUGCUCCUCCAACAGCACCAGCUCUGUCCGUGCCGUCAGGAACUUCAGCUCUUCUUCUGAGGCUCUUCCCAGGAACCGAGGCAGUCUCAGCACUGCCCCGUGUCACCGGGGUGCUGGCCUGGGCUACCAUGGCUUGGGUUCCUUCAGCAGCAGCAGCCUCCAUGGUGUGGUGUGCUCCAGGCCGAGAAGACCUGUUGGAAGAUGUCCUCCUAGGCAUGGACGUGGCUUCGGUGCAGCUGGCGUGGGGCUCAGCCAUAGAGGUGCUGGCUUUGGCUACAGGGUUGGGGGGGUCUCCAGGCCAUGCACCAUCACACCCAUCACCAUCAACGAGCAGCUGCUCCAGCCGCUCAGCCUGGAACUUGAUCCCCACAUGCAAAUGGAGAAGUACCAAGAGAAGGAGCAGAUCAAGGCCCUCAACAACAAAUUUGCUUCUUUUAUUGACAAGGUUCGAUUCCUCAAACAGCAGAACAAGAUGCUGGAGACCAAGUGGAGCUUUCUGCAGGGUCACAACUACUGCAGGAACACCACCAUGCCCAUGUUAGAGGCUUAUAUGGGUAACCUGAAGAAGCAGCUGGAAGCACUGGGGUGCAACAAAGCCCAGUUAGAAACAGACCUGAAAGCAGCACAGCAGGUUUUGGAAACCAACAAAAAAAUGUACAGGGACGAACGCAGCCAGCGGACGUGCGCCGAGGGCGAGUUUACUGCCCUGAAGAAGGACGUGGACUGCUUUUUCUUAAACAAAGCAGAGCUGGAAGCCAAGGUGGGAAGCCUGAAAGAAGAGGCUGAAUUCCUGAGGGUGUCCUACAGAGAGGCUGCCCGCAGGAGCUGGGCAGGGGCACAGGCCUGGCACAAAGGCAAGUUUGAGGAGCUGCGAGUCAGCGCUUGCAGAAACGCUGCCAGACUGAGAGAGACCAAGAAGAAGACAGCUGAGCUGACACAAAGAGCCCAGAGACUGGAGGCAGAGGUCAGGAGAGCCAAGGAGCAGUGCUGCAAGCUGGAAGCUGCCAUGGCUGAUGCCAAGCAGCUCGGGGAAAAGACCAUCCAGGAUGCAAAGCACAAACUCUCCGAGCUGGAGGCCGUCCUGCAGCAGAGCAAGGCAGAGCUGGCCCAGCAGCUCCACGAGUACCAGGAGCUGAUGAAUGUCAAGCUGGCCCUGAACAUGGAGAUCGUGACCUACAGGAAGCUGCUGGAGGGAGGGGAGAGCAGGCUCUGUGCAGAAGGCAGCUUCCCCAGCAGCCUCUCUGCUUGCCAGACGCAGGGAGGUCUCACCCACGGCCCAGAGCCUGGCUUUGUGAGUGCCCACGUGGCAGCCCAGGGCAGUGGGUGGUGGUCCCGCAGCGUGGGGGUCUGGGGCUCCGUGGGGAGCUGUGCAGACAGUGCUGGCAGCAGGAACACCAGGAGCUCCCACGUGGAGGUGGUGCCCAUGACCAAGUCAGCCAGGAGCAACAUGUGA